AACAUAGAUAAGGAACUUGAUGUUCUUCACAAAUAUAGUUAAACCCACAAUGAUCAACUCUCUUCAAACGCAUUACACUAACCCAGUCUUACUUUCUUCUUCUUCUUAUCGAAACAAUGUCACCAUCAACAAUCCUUAUCCCAACAAAACCAAACAGUUCAACUUCAAUUCCUCCGCAAACCCAAAAUUUUCGAACACAAAGCGAAGCAAUUUUGCCGUAAACGCAUUACCAUUUCCAGUAGACCCAUGGUCACCCACCAUUGAUUCACAGAGCAUAGCUUCACAACUCUUUGCUGUCUCCUUGUUUCCGUACAUUGGGUUUUUGUACUUCAUUACUAGAUCUAAUUCUGCACCCAAGCUUACCCUUUUUGGGUUCUACUUCUUGCUUGCUUUUGUGGGUGCCACCAUCCCAGCAGGAAUAUACGCUAAGGUGCAGUAUGGAACUUCCUUAUCAAAUGUGGAUUGGUUACAUGGUGGUGCGGAAUCGCUUCUCACUUUGACCAACUUGUUUAUCGUUAUCGGCCUAAGACAAGCUCUUAGGAAAGUCAACGGUGCAAAAGAGGUACCAGAUGACAACAGUCCAUCAACUUAAACAUAUCAGUCUCUCAUGGAAUUUGUUGUAUGUAUUAGAUGAUACCGAUAUUAAUAUACAUGUUUACCAUGAGUUUCUAUUUGGACAUAUUAUACUCAGUAUCUUACAAUCAUUCUACCUUUACAAUA